GGCCGGCCCAGCCCCGCCGCCGGCCCGCAGGAGGAGUGCGGCCUGCCCGCCGAGGCGGUCCUCGCCCCGCUGAGGGAGGCCCUGGCCGCCUGCCGACCCGCCGUGCAGAAACAAGUGUGCGACGACAUCGGGCGGCGGCUGACGGUGCUGGGGGACGCCUGGGCUCAGGGGAAGCUGUCGGCCCCUGUGAGGAGGAGGAUGAGCCUCCUGGUGCAAGAGCUCCAGCAACAGCACUGGGAUGCAGCCGACGAGAUCCACCGCUCGCUCAUGGUGGACCACGUGAAUGAGGUGAGCCAGUGGCUGGUGGGCGUCAAGCGCCUGAUCGCCGAGACAAGGAGCCUGCCAGCUGCGGUUAUGGAUGGCAGUGUCGAGGCUGAGCCUGGCCAGGAGGAUCCCUGAUGCCAGGGUCAGGGGUGUGGACUGUGAGCCCCCACUGCCCAACAGGGUCUGGGCACCUCCUCUGCCUCCCGCUCCUUGCCCAGGAAAAGGGGAUUUUAAUCAUGGUGACAUUUUGGUGGUGAUUCACUACGUGAUGUUUAAUAAACAGCACUAACCUGC